UAGUGAAGUGUCACAUGGCGGAUUGAAGCCAAACAAGCCAUUUUUCGAAGUCAGCACAGUUGCUACAGUUUAUUGUGAAUACGGCUACAAAGCAAAGUAUCCAACCAUAACUUGUCAGAAAAGUUCUUAUGGGGUUAGUUGGAAUGUAACACCCGAGUGUAUCGAAAUUAAAUGUAUUAUACCAGCAAAUCCAGCUAAUGUACUAUAUAACAUAAGCACGAACACAUAUGUACAAAAUCAAUUUGUACCUGUUGGAACAAGUAUUUCAGGAACAUGCGUGACGGGAUAUGAGAUCAUUAACGGUAAAACUAGAGUAUGCCUAAACAACACAAAAUGGAGCGGUAAACCAUUCUUAUGCAAGCUGAAACAGUGCUCUGAUCCAGAACAUAUAGCAAAUGGUGAAUACAGAUUUGUAAAUGACAGUGUUUAUAGUAAAGGCCCUUUAAAUUACAAUUCAAAAAUAUACUUGACUUGUAACAUAGGCUAUACUCUUCAAGGCGGCAGGGAACGACUAUGUAAUGACCAUAAAAUGUGGACAGGACAUCCAAAAUGUAAAAUCAAUACAUGUAAGUCUCUGGAAAUUCCUACAAACGCAAUGUAUAUAGAGAAAAAAAUUAAUGGUUCAUUUGCAAAAUAUACGGAUGGAGAAUUCAAUUAUCUUGAUAUGAUACGUGUUCAUUGUAAUUCUGGAUACGUUAAUAAUGCUUCCAUUUCUGUAAUACAAUGUUUAGGAAAUAAAUCGUGGAGUGGUGAAACAGGAUAUUGUAUUCAAGUUACUUGUCAAAGUCCUGAACAACUUAAAGACGGUUUUUAUAACUACUCAAAAGAUGCAUUAUCUAGGGGAUAUCCAUACAAAACUAUUGUUACAGCAGCUUGCAAUGACCGUUUCAAAUUAUCAAAUCCUAACAAGAAAAGUAGAACGUGCACGAUAGAUGGGAAGUGGGAUAGCGAACCAGUUACAUGCAUGCGAACUAGAGAUACUUCUACAGAUACUGCUUCCCAAAAUACGAAUGUACCAUUAAUAGGCGGUGUAUCUGCCGCCAUCGUGCUGGUUGUAUGUGCAAUUGUAGCGGUUGUUUUCAUUUUAUAUCGAAGAAGGAAGAGAGACGAUAAAAUUGGAAAGCCAAAGCCGUAUGCACACUUGCGGAAAAGAGACAAUAACGAAAGACAUAUUUCAACAUCAGAAGAUGUUUAUACGGAGAUUCAAGACACGAAUGUUAAUACAAUAAAUGAAAGUACAUAUUCGAAAGAUGUUGCACCAAGUGAUGGAAUGUACAGCUAUGUAAAGAAACAGACGACAAACAAAAAUGUUAUGAAGCAUUCAAACCCAAGUUCGGAUUCAUUGCAAUUAGAACCUUACUACAGUUUCACAAAUGUCAACAAUGUCCCUAAAACUGCAAUACUUGUAAAAGAUCUUUCUGACCUGAUUCUGACGGGUUUAGAUGCUAAACGGAAGUUUGAGAAAGAGUUCAAUGAACUCCCUCAAGGAAUGAUUCAACCUCACAAAGAAGCAUUGAAAAAGAAGAACAUAAUUAAAAAUCGAUAUAGGAACCUCUAUGCGUAUGAUGACACACGAGUUGUAUUAAAAACUGACGAAGCCUCACAAUCGGAUUAUAUAAAUGCCUGCUAUGUGCAUGGUUUCACGACGUUUAAACAAUAUAUAGCAUCACAAGGACCGACGAAGGAAAUAUUAUUGGACUUUUGGAGAAUGAUAUGGCAAGAAGAGAGCUCAAGGAUUGUUAUGCUUACAAAUCUGAUAGAAGAGGGGAAGGAAAAAUGUGAGCAGUAUUGGCCAGAAGAGGGAACCAGCCACGUGUUUGGCAAUAUCAUAGUACGCACAGAGAAAAUUGACAAUUUCUCACAAUUUGUGAAAAGGACAUUUCAAGUAAAAAAGGAAGGUUCGAAACAAAAGCCACGGACAGUAACACAGUAUCAUUUCACCGCAUGGCCAGACAAAGGCGUUCCGAAAUACGCAUCUUCACUUGUACAAUUUACUAACAAAGUUAAAUAUGACUCAGUCGAACAGAAUGGACCCAUUAUUGUACAUUGCAGCGCUGGUGUGGGAAGAACUGGAACAUUUAUUGCACUUGACUUUCUGACUGAACAAGGAAAAGCCAUGGGCUAUAUUGAUGUGUUUGGAACAACUACUGCGUUCCGGUCACAGCGAGUAUGCCUUGUACAAACACUGGACCAGUAUAUAUUUGUUCAUCAUGCUCUUGUUGAAUCUUUGAUGCUGCCCACAUCGGCACUGCCGGCCUAUAAAUUUCCAGAAGCCUUUCAGGAACUCCUUCAGAUGGACACAAAAAAGAAAAAGUCGAAAUUAAUUCUUGAGUUUGAGACUUUAAAGAAAGUAUCACCAGUGGCCGAUGAAGGUGACUAUGUUUCAUCGAAACUUGUCAGGAACAGACGGAAGAAUAGAUAUUCCAACGUGCUUCCCGUCGAAGAGUUCAUGCCAUCUUUGCUGUCAUCUUAUUCAGAUAGUGACAAUAGAUAUAUAAAUGCUGUAUUCUUGCCGAGUUACAAAGAAAGAAAAGCCUUUAUCAUAACACAAACACCGCUAGAAACUACAAAGGAGGAUUUCUGGGAUCUUAUAUGGGAACAUGAUGUCCACACUAUCGUUAUGAUGAACAAUAUAAAAGAAUCUGUGGAUUCUGAGAAGUAUUGGCCUGAGAAAGGUGAAACUGUUACAUUUGGUAACAUAGAGAUCACCGAAGAUGGCGUCGAAAAGAAAAGCCAUCACCAACUUGUAUCACUGUCAGCAAAGAAGCAUAAAUUGACCCGUAAGAUCAAACAGAUUCGGUGUGGGGGAUGGUCCUACAAUCACAGUUUACCAGACUCCCCAGGUGUUAUACUUACACUGUUAGAAAUUGUUAAAGUAUGGCAGCGACAGUCUGGUCAUCAUACAAUUGUUGUACAUUGCAUGAACGGUGUUGACAAAAGUGGUUUGUACUGUGUGAUAUCAGCAGUUAUAGAGCGUUUACAGAUCGAACAGGACGUGGCGAUAUCCCAGGUGAUUGAAGAGAUGAGGAACGCUAGAGAACAGAUUAUACCAUCUGUGGAGCAAUACAAGUUUUGCCAUGAGGCUGUCCUUGAAUUCAUACACCAGUUUGAUACAUAUUCAAACUUUGCUGAGUGACGAUGACAUAGUGCUGUUGCAAUUAUCAUGACUUGAAAUUGUUGAAAAUUAACUUUCAAUCUUGAAAAAAAAAACUUUUGGGAUGCUUUGUAUAUAUUAAUGUUUAUACUUUUCUAAGCUUUAAAUACCAUUUAAACGUUUUUGUAUAGUAUCAGGUGAAUACAUUAUGACCGUAAAUAUUUUAGGUUUAACUGGUUUUUAAAUUGACAGAUGAAUUAUCAAUUAAAGUGACAACAGGUCAGGCAAUUUACAUGUAGUACAAUGUCUACUGUUACAGAAGUACUUUUUAAUUUAUGCAAUAUGUUAUGGUAAAAUAUUUCUAACCAUUCCUUUCAAUAGUUCAUUUUAAACAAUAUGUUUUAAAUGAUAUUUUAGUGCUUUGUUGUUGUUAUUGUAUCUUUAAUAUUGAAUGCGUCUUUCUAACAUGGCUUUGUAUGCAUUUAAUAUAAUUGUUACCUUAUAUACUUGUUGUACUAAACCAAUCUAUAGCGUAAGUAUUUUGCCAGCCCGUGGCACACUUACAACAUUUCUGGAACAAUAUUAUGUAAGAUUUUCUGAAGAGAAAACAGAUUUUCAAAGUCACAAUUUUCAUCUCAUUUUUAUAAGGCACAAACGCAGCCGAGAACGGUAAAAUCAAACUUCGACGGUACUUGAUAAAUUUGUACAAAAAAUAAGAAAUGAAAGUUGCUAUUAUUGAUGACAUUUGAUGUCAUUUAAUGAAAUCAUGCCUGAUUCUUUUUAAAUGUAAAUCAUGUGUUUGAAUGAAAUAAAAAACAACAACAUUUUUUUUCACUUUUCACAUGUAAUUUAUAUAUAUCUAAUCUUCUUCAAUGAUGUUUUUGAAGAAGUGAAAUCAUUGUUGUACUAAUACAUCUGUAUUUGAAAGAGAACAAUGUAUGCAAUUAAUAUUUGAAUUUUAAGUAUGAAAAGUAUUUAAAAUUUAGUUUUAUGAUAAUCAUUUUCAAUUCAUUCGGAUUUUGGUUUUAUACAUAUUAUUCCAUUGUUCAAUGUCUUAUGUAUAAGGAUUACGGACCCUUAUGAGUCUGUACGUAUAUGAGUCUCAGUAUGGCCAUUUUCUCAAAUAAAAACAAUACAAAAAUAAAAAUAAUGACUUCACGAUAAAAAUACACUCUUACGUUAUCGUUAUCAAAAUGCAACAAUUAACUCGAGAACUCCAAAAUUCUCCGAUAUUUCCCGACAUAAGUCGAUAUUUACCGUUUCAUCAAGGUUUGUUAUCCUUAAUCGUAAUUGUUUUAUUUUGUUUAUAUUGUGACAUAGACUAAACUAUAAACUAGU